AUGGAUUCGCUAUCCAUUCAAUCCGAACCCCUCGAGCACGAGAAGAAUGUGCAGCAUGAAUAUCUACAAGGCAGGGCAUUGUGGGCGGCAAUGGGAGGAACUUGUCUUGUCGUGUUUGUCCACUUUCUUGACGGCUCAAUCCUCGGUCCUGCCAUACCGAAUAUCACGGACGAAUUCGAAUCUCUUCAUGAUAUCGGUUGGUACGGGAGCGCGUACUUCAUCACCAACACUGUUUUCCAACCGAUUGCCGGCAAGAUAUUCACUUUCCUCCCUACAAAGUGGUCUCUCAUAGGCUUCAUCCUGUUCUUCGAAAUCGGGUCUCUUCUAUGCGGAAUAGCCAGCUCCUCCGCGAUGCUCAUCUUGGGCAGAGCAGUGGCGGGCAUGGGGGGUUCCGGUCUCUUGAUAGGAAACCAAACCGUCAUUGCCGGCCUAGCGCCUUUGGAAAAAAGACCUGGGCUCACUGCAGUGGUCAUGUCUCUCGCGGCCCCGGGUAUGCUUUUGGGUCCGAUUGUCGGAGGCAUCAUUACUGAGUACAGCACCUGGCGUUGGAUCUUUUACAUGAAUCUCCCCAUCGGCGCCGUGGCAAUCUUGCUACUGGUUUUCACGGGUAUACCAGAGCAGACCGCAAAGCCCGACUGGCGCAUCGUGCUCCGUGGCCUCCAUCACUAUUUCGACAUUCUGGGCUGUGGCCUUUGCACGGCUGCGACCUGCUUGCUGCUUCUAGUGCUUAACAUCGGCGGCGACCUGCUCCCCUGGAACAGUCCCAUACUCAUUGGCAUGUUUGUGUUUUCCGUGAUCCUGUUUGCCUUUUUCGUCUACUGGAGCGUUCACAUGGGUCAUCAGGCGUUGAUGCCACCGUCCAUUGCGAAGCAGCGGGUGGUUUGGUCCGGGGCGGCGACUCUGAUGUUCACCAUCGGUGCGACGACCGUACAGAGCUACUUUCUGCCGCUUUACUUCCAGUCUGUACGUGGCGAGUCCGCCAUGACCGGUGCGCUCUACACGAUCCCGGGCUUGCCGGGCCAGAUCCUGUUCUCUCUCGCAUCGGGCUUCCUGAUCGGUAAGAUUGGGUACUAUCUUCCGUGGGCGGUGGCAGGUACUGCAGUGCACACCGUGGCAUGCGGUCUGCUGAGCAGGUUCUCGACCGCCACACCCACUCCUUAUUGGAUUCUGUCCCAGUUCCUUGCCGGUUGCGGACGUGGAAUGUCACUACAAUCACCCAGCAUUGCUACCCAAGUCGCCCUGCCUCAAGACCAAAUCUCCAUUGCGUCUUCCAUCGUGACAUUUGGCAUGUAUCUCGGAAGUGCGCUUGCAUCGACUGCUGCCAGUGUCACUUUCGACAACGUGUUGCAGACGGAGGUCGAGCGACGCAUCUCCAAUGCAGCUGCGGCAGACAUGGUUCUAACCGGAGGAGCCACAGAGUUUCGCCAAGUCCUGUCUGGGGACGAGCUAACAAGUGCCUUGGACGCAUUUGCGGGUGGUCUCCGGGGCGUGUUCCUACUUGCUACGGGCCUGUCUGGAGUCUCUUUCCUCUUCGCCUGGGGCAUGAGAUCAUCUAACGCAGGGACCCAAAGGACUGAGGAGAGUAGUGUCAAAGAAACUAAGGGCGUGAUCGGUGCUAAUGCGAAUUGA